CCACGAUAAUCACGACAUUCUUUCAUUGCCUUUGGGCCACAUUCAUUCUUUCAGUUUGACCUCAUUUCUCUCGCUAACCGCCAGAGGUCUAGUCACUCUUUAGUAAUCACUCUUGUCACUCUCUUCGCAAUGGCGCUCCGCUCUAUCGCCGCCGUUGCCCUCCUGGCCCAGGGAUCUGCGGCUCAGGUUCUCGGGCUCCCGAUCCCCACUCUUCCCGUCAACGUCGGUCUUACCACAACGAUUGCAGGCGUAGGUGUCGGUGCCAAUGUCGGCAACACUGUCAGUGUCAGCCUCGGUCUCGGCGGUGUUGCCACCGUUGGUGCUGGCGUUGGAUCCACGAUCGCCGCCUCUGUUGGUGUCGCUGGUGCCACUGUCACUGCUGGUGUCAACUCAGGAGGUGUCGUAGCCUCUGUCGGUGCUGGCGGCAUCCCGAUCACCGUCGGAGCCGGAACUGCCGGAGUCGGCGUCGGGGUUGGCGGUCUUGCCACCGUUGGCGUCGGUGCUAAUGGUGUCACCGUUGCUCUCCCCGUCGGAACCCUCGUUGUCAACCCCGCCGGCCUUGUCUCAACCCUUCUUGGAGGAGGUGUUACGACUAUCUUCCCGUCUACAACAGUCAGCUCUGUUGCCUCCAGCAUCACCUCAACUGUGGCCGUAGCCACCUCGUCCUCAACUGGCGCAGGUAGUACAGGUGCUUCCACUGUCUCCUCCGCCACCACUGGAGUCACCAGCGUGCCCUCCGUCUCUACCAGCGUUGGUUCUGCUACGACCUCUGUUGGCACCACCAGCGUCGCCUCUUCCUUCACCUCGACUGUCAUCUCUACCUCUAGCUUCGUCAGCGGUAGCAGCACCUUCGUGACUACUCUCUCAAGCGUCACCUCGGGCGUCACCAGUGUCCCUUCGGUUACCACGAGCAUCGGAUCAGGCACCUCUUCCAUUACUUCCAGCUCCACUUCCACUUCCAGUGCUGCUGCGUCUUCCAGCGCGUCUGUCAACCCCCUGACUGUCGGUGAUGCGAGCUACUUGGGCUGCUUCAGCUCUCCUUCAAGCUUCCCGACCUUUGUUCUCACUCAAUCUGCUGCAUCCAUGACCAUCGAGCGCUGCGUUGCUGCUUGCCCGUCCAGCAAGUACGUCGGUCUCUUCGCCAAUGAUUGCUUCUGUGGCUCAACUGUCGACUCUGUCAAUGAGGUUUCCGUUCCUGAUGACCAAUGCAACAUUCCCUGCGGUGGAAACAGCGCCGAGCGCUGUGGUGGGCAGGUCGGACUGACCAGACGUCAACUUAUUGGCCUCAACGUUCGCUUCACCAUCUACAUCCGUCUCGGACUUGCCGGUGGAACCACCGCGUCUGCGACUGUUACUACUUCUUUCACAACGACGACGACUGGAACCGUCACUUCUUGCCCUCCUGGAGUCUCAACUUGUGCCAUCGGAUCCCUCACCACCGGCGUCACCACCGUCACAACCACCUACUGCCCUACUGAGACUCCCGUGCCCAACCCCUGCAGCAACGGACAGUGCUUCGGCCAGCCCUGCUACGGCGAUGACUGCUACAAGAAGCUCGUCUGCUACGGUGACUAUGUCAGCUUCGACUACCCCUGCUACGGUGAUGAGUGCCGCCGCCGCCUUGUGUGCGUGGACGGACUUUGCCACCCGGAGACCUGCAGCGGAUACGACUGCGGCCGCAAGAUUAUCUGCAAGAGCGGACUCUGCGGAUACUCUCAGUGCCAGGGAGACGAGUGCAUCAAGGAGAAGAUCACCUGCUACGGCAAUGCUUGCAAGAUCGAGACCUGCUCGGGAGAGGAAUGCUACAAGAAGUACGUCUGCACAGGCGACAUGUGCGAGCACGAGACCUGCCCGUACACCGACGUCAACAAGAAGUACGAGUGCACCGACGACAAGUGCAAGGUCGUCACUCCUUGCAACGGUGACUGCCCCAAGCCCCAGCCGCCGAGCACUCUCCCGUACCCCACCGGCACCGCUCCGGCCAUGCCUCCCGCAAGCCCUCCGGCAAACCCCCCGGCUGUGCCUACGGCUACUGCUCCUGCCGGACAGCCUCCCUUGAACCCGUCUGUUCAGCCUCCUGUCGGACAACCUCCUUCCAACUCUGCUAUGCCCCCUCCCCCUGUUGUUACCGUCGCCGGUUCCAGCAGAUCUGCUGUUCCGUUCGGCUUCGUCGGCAUGGCUCUCGGCGCGGUUGCUGGAGUCGUCUUCCUGUUGUAA